GUCCUGGUAAAUACUGCUUGCUGUGUUUUGAUGCUGGUGGCUAAGCUAAUCCAAUGUAUUGUGUUUGGUCCACUUCGAGUGAGCGAGAGACAGCACCUCAAAGACAAGUUUUGGAAUUUUAUCUUCUACAAGUUCAUUUUCAUUUUUGGCGUGCUGAAUGUCCAGACCGUGGAGGAGGUGGUCAUGUGGUGCCUCUGGUUUGCUGGCCUGGUCUUUCUGCAUCUGAUGGUUCAGCUCUGCAAGGACCGAUUUGAAUAUCUUUCCUUCUCGCCCACAACCCCGAUGAGCAGCCACGGCCGAGUCCUGUCCCUGCUGAUGGCCAUGCUGCUCGCGUGCUGCGGGCUCGCGGUCGUCUGCUGCGUCACCGGCCACACGCACGGCGUGCACACGCUGGCCUUCAUGGCCGCCGAGUCUCUUCUUGUGACAGUGAGGACCGCGCAUGUGAUUUUACGAUACGUCAUUCACCUGUGGGACCUCAACCACGAAGGGACGUGGGAAGGAAAGGGGACCUGUGUGUACUACACAGACUUUGUCAUGGAGCUCACGCUCUUGUCCCUGGACCUCAUGCACCAUAUUCACAUGUUGCUGUUUGGCAACAUCUGGCUGUCCAUGGCCAGCUUGGUGAUCUUCAUGCAGCUGCGCUACCUCUUUCACGAGGUCCAGCGUCGAAUCCGUCGGCACAAGAACUACUUGCGUGUGGUUGGGAACAUGGAGGCCAGGUUUGCCGUGGCAACCCCGGAGGAGCUGGCUGUCAACAACGAUGACUGUGCCAUCUGCUGGGACUCCAUGCAGGCCGCCAGGAAGCUGCCCUGUGGACACCUUUUCCACAACUCCUGUCUUCGUUCCUGGCUAGAGCAAGACACGUCCUGCCCCACCUGCAGAAUGUCUCUCAAUAUCGCUGACAGCGGCCGCGCCCGCGAGGACCAGCAGGGGGAGCACCUGGAUGAGAACCUGGUUCCCGUGGCUGCGACCGAAGGCAGGCCGCGCCUGAACCAGCACAAUCACUUCUUCCACUUUGACGGGUCCCGGAUUGCGAGUUGGCUGCCGAGUUUUUCCGUGGAGGUCAUGCACACCACCAACAUCCUUGGCAUCACGCAGGCCAGCAACUCCCAGCUGAAUGCCAUGGCUCACCAGAUCCAGGAGAUGUUCCCCCAGGUGCCCUCCCACCUGGUGCUGCAGGACCUCCAGCUGACGCGCUCCGUGGAAAUAACCACAGACAACAUUUUAGAAGGUCGCAUUCAAGUCCCUUUCCCCACACAGCGCUCAGAGAGCAUUAGACCUGCACUGAACAGUUCCAUGGACAGGCCAAGCAGUGAACAGGAGGAGGGGGAAGCGUCCACUCAGACGGAGCGUGUGCCCCUGGACCUCAGCCCCUGGCUGGAGGAGACACUGGAUUUCAGCGAGAUGGACGCCGAGCCCAGCGAGCUGGUGGACUUCGAGGCCCGGGGCAGCCGCUUCUCCAAGUCCGCAGACGAGAGGCAGCGCAUGCUGGUGCAGCGCAAGGACGACCUCCUGCAGCAGGCGCGCAAGCGAUUCCUGAACAAAAGUUCUCAAGAUGACUCCGCCUCAGAGAGCUACCUCCCCUUGGAAGGCACGUCCUCCGACCCGGUGACCCUCCGUCGAAGGAUGCUGGCUGCGGCUGCCGAGCGGAGACUUCAGAAGCAGCAGGCCUCCUAACGCUGCCUCCUCGGCAGCCGCUCCUGCGCUUGCGUGUGCCGAGAGGAGAGGCCUCCGUGUGCAGAAGUGGGCCGCCGCGCCGCGCUGUACAAAGCAUGUGGUCUGACUAGUGUUUGGACAGCUGACACAUUUAAUCCUUCUUUGUAAUACUUUGUGACAUUUCUCCUCCCUUUGGCAACACUGCACAUUUUAACUCUAGGCGUGAUCUCUUCUGGUGUUGACUGGACUUCUUGGGGUUGGGCGGAGGUUGAGAGGAAGUGGGCAGCCAGAGACCUGCAGCAGGCAGCUUCGACGUCUGCUUUGUGCACAAGCUCUGGUGGGUGGGGGAGAUGCAGCCAAACCAUGGACGGACACCCCGAGCCCCGUCCACACCAUCGGCGAGGUGGGGGCUCAAGCUACUGUUCUUGGUGCCUGGCAUUCCAGACCCACCAGUGCCUGGCCCCCUGGACAGGCAGGGCAUCUGAGAAAGAGCUCUUGGCUUGGUGCUGGUGUCGAAGGGGGAGCGAGGGCCCUCUGUGCCACAGCAGGGCCUGGCCUGACCUGAGGAAGUCCAGCAGUGGGGUGCUUUAUCUCUGAUGGCCCUGGCAUCUUGGGAUCGGACUCUUUUAGAGUUGCCUUGUGUGUGUCUCCUCCAAGUCUCAGUGUCGUUGGGGCCCAGAGAAGCUGGCCCUGAAGGGAGGCGGCAGGCAAUCUGCUCUGGUUUUCAUCCCCGGUCAGUGAGGGAGGCCGGUCCUGGGGGAGACGUAGGCCUUGCAAGAUGGGGCGGAGUAGGUUAUGGAGGGCCUGACUUUUGCAAAGAUAGCGCGUUUUCCUUUUUUGUUCUUCAAGCCCUUCCUUUUCCUAACUUUGUUCUCACUGGUUUAUCCACCCAGAUAGGCCGGGCACUGAGUUCCCCGGCCUUCUCCAGCUCGCUCUCAUUUGCCUUCAAGAUUGGAAACAAGCACGCUUAGGUUACACAGCUCAGUCCCUUGGACUGAAAAAAAACCCCAACUUUUUUCAUGUUUGGAAGCAUCCUUUUAGGGUAGUUCUUUGGAGCAGAAUCCAGUAUUAUCUGAAACUAUUGGCAAAGUUAAAUGUGUUUUCCAUAACUGCAACCUUUCAGUAUGUUGACAGUCAUGAGAAAAGGGUGGUGAGUAAAUAUUUAGGCAGAGAUAAUUUAUUUCAAUAAAACUUUGAAAAAGCCUUACCUUGAACUGCUGUUAGUAAAUUCCUGUGAUUUUUAAAAUUUUGUUUUGUUUUGCUAAGAGCAUAGCCAUUUGUCUGUUUUUACUGUAAAGCAAUAAUAAAAGGCAAACUCUCCUA